CAGCCGGCUGCGUCGGGGCAGCUGGCUGCGCCGUCAAGGGCACCCAAAAGCGAUCGCAGCGCAACCACUCUUCCCCGGCCAGCGACUGCGUUGCUGAUCUGCCUUCGAGUCGCCAUGAGCUUCUCCGACGGCUUCGACGCCCUGCUGGGCCAGCACCUCAACCGCAACCGCACCUCGGGCCAGCCCGACCCGGCCCAGCGCUGGACCUCUCUCAUCGACAAUCUCUUUGACGCUCUUGAGCAGCGACGUGCAAAAGGAUUCAGCGCAGAAAAGAAAGACCACAUCCUGCCCAAGACCGUCGACUACAAAACCCCCGAGUAUCUUCGUGCCAUUGCUGCGUGGCCCAAGAGCGAUGAACCUGUCUUCGCCGAUGUAGCAAGCGAGACGCACCAACUCCAGCCCCAGCAGACGCUGCAAGUUGAAGAGCCGCAAUUCAAUCGCGACUGGCUGCUGAGACAGUGCGAGCACCAUCUGGCCAAUUUCGCCGAGGCCGAUACGAUGGAUCCUCAGCAGCUUUGUAUUGACAUCUUCAACACUCUCAGAUCAGACCAGUCUGACGACGAGAUCCAGUCAAGUUUCUGCGAUCUACUGGGCUUCAGCAACUUUGACUUUAUUGGCAGUCUCAUCACACAGCGGACGCUGAUUAUAUCGAACAUUGUGUCCGAGGCUCAGGGACGUUCACAGAAGGAUCUGUUCCGAGAUGAGCAGCCAGAGGUCAAAAGCGACCAAGCUGCGACUCCACACCGGCCGGCAUAUGGCUCGCAAGUGACCGUGAUGUCGCAGCACGAGAAGGUCGAGUUGAAACAGCAGCGAAAGGAGCAGAAGAAGAAAAUGAAGAUGGCCGCUGUUGAGCCGAAGGUGGCUGAUGCAUCCAGUCUACUCGGCUUUGACGGCGACUACUUGCGAAGGGCUCGCGAAGAGCAGCUGGCCAAUGCAGCUUCCGCUCCUCUGAUUGAAUCCACCAAUAUUCCCGAGCAGCCCAAGUACCCAAACAUUUACAGCUCCGGAUCCGGCGGUUCUAUGCUCUCGACUUUCGGGACACGGUUUUCGCUCCCCGUGGGCAGCGUGCGCAACGAGUACAAGGAAUACGAAGAGAUUGUCAUUCCCGCGGGUCGCCCUAGCUAUGUUCGCUCGACCGAGAAGGCCGUCCCCAUUUCGUCUCUGGACGAGUAUUCCCAGCGGGCAUACAAAAGCUACAAAAGCCUCAAUCGCGUGCAGUCGAUUGUGUUCCCGAUCGCCUUCCACACGAACGAAAAUAUGCUCGUCUGUGCUCCUACAGGCGCGGGUAAAACCGAUAUUGCCAUGCUCACGGUCCUACGCACCCUCGCUCAAUAUCGAGUCGAUGGCCGGCUCCAAAAGAAUGAUUUCAAAAUCGUUUACGUUGCCCCUCUGAAGGCUCUGGCGGCCGAAGUCGUCCGCAAGUUUUCUGGCCGAAUCGGCGGCAGCGAGGACGAAGGCGGACUGGGCGUCGCCGUUCGAGAACUGACCGGUGAUAUGCAGCUCACGCGAGCCGAGCUUGCGUCGACGCAGAUGAUUGUCACCACGCCUGAAAAGUGGGACGUUGUCACCCGAAAGGGAACCGGCGACACAGAGCUCGCUCAAAAAGUGCGCCUGCUGAUCAUCGAUGAGGUUCACCUGCUGCACGAAGAUCGCGGUGCAGUCAUCGAAAGCAUCGUGGCGCGCACGCAGCGCCAGGUCGAGACCAGCCAGACCAUGAUCCGAAUCGUCGGCCUCUCGGCGACCCUGCCCAACUAUGUGGAUGUUGCCCAGUUCCUAGGCGUCAACCCCUACCAGGGACUGUUUUACUUUGAUUCUGGAUUCCGUCCUGUCCCGCUGAAACAGAACUUUAUCGGAGUCAAGGGCAAGGCUGGUGGCGCGACUUCAAAGCAGUACAUGAACCAGGUCUGCUACGAGAAAGUGAUCGAGUUGGUGCGCGAUGGCCACCAAGUCAUGGUGUUUGUGCACUCGCGCAAAGACACAGUCAAAACUUCCAUGAUGCUGCGAGACGAGGCCCUCAACAAUGGAGAAAUAGGCCUGUUUGAUGCGUCGUCGGACCCACAGUAUGCCUUUGCGCAGAAGAACGUGGCCAAAUCGAAGAACAAGGAGUUGAAGGAGUUAUUUGCGUCUGGAUUCGGCAUCCACCACGCAGGCAUGCUGCGUUCGGAUCGUGGUCUGGUUGAGCAGUAUUUCGAAAAGGGCUAUAUCAAGGUCCUGUGCUGUACCGCGACGCUGGCAUGGGGUGUCAACUUACCGGCCUACGCAGUCGUCAUCAAGGGCACGCAAGUCUACGAUUCUACCAAAGGCGGAUUCGUGGAUCUGUCAAUUCUGGACGUGCUCCAGAUAUUUGGUCGUGCUGGCAGACCGCAAUACGAAGACCUCGGCGAAGCCUUUAUUGUGACGAGCCAAGACAAGCUGAACCAUUACGUGUCGGCGCUGACUCAGCAACACCCGAUCGAAUCGUGCUUUGCCCAACACCUCUUUGACAAUCUCAACGCCGAAGUAUCGCUUGGCACAGUGACGACUGUGGACGAAGCCAUCCGCUGGCUGUCGUACACAUAUCUCUAUGUCCGCAUGCGCAAGAAUCCGCUGCAGUACGGCCUGGAUUGGAACGAAGUGCAGGAAGAUCCUGUCUUGAACCGCCGCCGCCGCGAUUUGAUCACGGCCGCGGCCCGAACCCUCUCCAAGGCCCAGAUGAUCUACUUUGACGAAGCAACUGGGUAUCUGACACCGAAGGACCUCGGUCGCAUUGCAAGCAAUUUUUACAUCCGCCACGUUAGUAUCGAGGUGUUCAACGAAAUGAUGCGCCCUGUGAUGACCGAGGCCGACGUCCUCAGCAUGAUCAGCUUGAGCAGUGAGUUCGACAACAUCAAGGUCCGCGAGGAGGAAGGCGGCGAAAUGAAGGCGCUCGAGCACCAAAGUGUCUGUGUCGCCAAGGGCGGUACCGAAAACAGCCACGGCAAGACCAACAUCCUGCUGCAGUCAUAUAUUUCUCGAAUCCCCAUCCAGGACUUUGCGCUGGUUUCGGACUCUGCCUACGUGGCUCAAAACUCGGCCCGUAUCCUGCGCGCGCUCUUUGAGAUUGCACAGAGCCGCAACUGGGGCCCCACUUGCGCGGUGAUCCUUUCGCUGUGCAAGUCUGUGGAUCGACGCAUGUGGUCGUUCCAGCACUCGCUGCUGCAGUUUGACUUGCCCUACGAAGUCGCAAGCAAGCUCGAGGCCAUGGAGCAUCCCCUGACGAUCGAGGAGAUGCGGGAAAUGUCAGCCAACGAUCUUGGGCAGCUCGUGCGCCACGGCAAGAUGGGCGCAACCAUCGAGAAGUGCGUCCAGCAGUUCCCUCGCCUUGCGCUCGAUGCUACGAUUGCGCCAAUCACCCGCACCGUCCUCCAAGUGUCUUUGAAGGUGACGCCGGACUUUGUCUGGAACCCCCGGGUCCACGGAGGUGUCGAGCCCUUCUGGAUCUGGGUCGAGGACGCCGAAGUCGCCGAGAUUCUGCACUCGGAAUACUUCCUGAUGACUCCGAAGCUCGCCAGCCAACCCCAGACGCUAAACUUUACGAUUCCUGUGCCACGAUCCGAGUCCACUGUGGACGAGCUGCCGCCCCAGAUCUUCAUCCGCGCCGUCUCGGACAAGUGGAUCGGCUCCGAAACAGUCGUGCCGAUCUCGUUCAAGCACCUGAUCCUGCCGAGCCACAACCGCACGCCCCACACCCAAUUGCUAGAUUUACAGCCCCUGCAUAUCUCGGCCCUGAACAAUCCGAUGCUCGAGGACAUUUGCCGCAAGCGAUUCGAGUACUUCAACCCUGUGCAGACCCAAAUCUUCCACACCCUCUAUCGCACCAAGCACAAUGUUCUUAUCGGUGCGCCUACCGGCUCCGGCAAAACCGUUGCGGCUGAACUCGCCAUGUGGGCGGCCUUCCGAGACAAGCCAAAUUGCAAAGUCGUCUACAUUGCGCCGCUGAAGGCGCUUGUGCGCGAGCGUGUUGCCGACUGGAGGGCUCGCCUCGUUGAGCCUAUGGGCCGCAGCGUGGUGGAGCUGACCGGCGACGUAACCCCCAACAUCCAAACCCUGAUGCGCGGCGACAUCAUCAUCACAACCCCCGAGAAGUGGGACGGCAUCAGCCGCAGCUGGCAGAAUCGCAGCUACGUCCAGAAGGUCUCGUUGGUGAUUAUCGACGAAAUCCAUCUGCUCGGCGCAGACCGCGGCCCGAUUCUGGAGGUCAUUGUGUCGCGCAUGAAUUACAUUGCCAAUCAAACGGGCGCUGGAAUUCGUAUCGUUGGACUCAGCACUGCACUGGCCAACGCCGGCGACCUUGGCGACUGGCUGGGCAUCAAGGAUGUCGGCUUGUUCAACUUUGAGCACUCUGUCCGUCCUGUGCCCCUUGAGAUUUACAUUGACGGCUUCCCUGGAAAGCACUACUGCCCCAGGAUGAUCUCGAUGAACAAGCCUACGUACUCUGCCAUCAUGACGCACUCCCCGACCCAGCCAGUGAUUGUGUUUGUGUCCUCCCGUCGCCAGACUCGGUUGACCGCGCGCGAUCUGAUUGCCUUCUGCGCCCUGGACGAGAACCCCCGUCGGUUCCUGAAGCUUGCAGAGGAGGACCUCGAGGGCAUCCUGUCGCAGGUCAAGGACGCAGCGCUCAAGCUUUCCCUCGGAUUCGGCAUUGGGCUCCAUCAUGCUGGCUUGAUCGAAGGCGAUCGAAAGAUUGUCGAGGAACUCUUUGUGAACAACAAGAUCCAAAUCCUGAUUGCCACCUCCACCCUGGCUUGGGGAGUCAACUAUCCCGCGCACCUUGUUGUCGUCAAGGGCACCGAGUAUUUUGACGCCAAGACGCACGGCUAUGUCGAUUUUCCAAUAACGGACGUGCUCCAGAUGAUGGGUCGCGCCGGCCGCCCUCAGUUCGACAAUCACGGUGUUGCCUGUGUCUUUGUCCAGGACUCGAAGAAGAACUUUUACAAAAAGUUCCUUCACGAGCCCUUCCCGGUCGAGAGCAGUCUGCACAAGUGUCUGCACAACCACAUCAAUGCCGAGGUCGUUGGCGGCACCAUCCGGUCCAAGCAGGACAUGGUCGACUAUUUGACAUGGACGUACUUUUACCGGCGGCUGCACAUGAAUCCUGCAUACUAUGGAGUCGAGGACGUCUCGCCAGAGGGAAUCAACAUUUUCCUGUCGCGACUCGUCAACCGCAUCCUGGAGGACCUGGCCAAUGCAAGAUGUAUCGAGUUUGAGACGCCACUGGAGAUGGUCCCGACAACAUUCGGCAGAAUCGCAAGCUACUACUACCUGGACUACCGCACGAUGGACUUGCUGACCCGUCGACUGACAGACGGCUAUCGCUUCACUGGCACAGACGAGCGCGACCGCCCCGACGGCGACUUUGCAGCGCUGCUCCAGAUCCUCUGCGAUGUGCCUGAGUACGAAGAGCUUCCGGUGCGCCACAAGGAGGACGAAUUGAACAUGAGCUUUCAGGCGCUGCUGCCGAUUCAGCUGGGCUCGAUCAAGGCCCGGGGGCCGUUUGGAGGAAUCCCACGCGUUCAGGGAUUCGACAGCCCGCACUUCAAGUCCUUCCUGCUGCUCCAGGCACACUUGUCCCGCCUGUCGACGAUGCCCUGCGCCGACUAUUCGACGGACCAGAUCUCGGUCCUUGACCAGGCAGUGCGUUUGAUGCAGGCCAUGGUUGACGUUAGUGCUGUCGAAGGCUUCUACAGCACGUCCUUGGGCGUGAUGAACACGAUGCAGUGCAUCAAGCAGGCGCUGUGGCCACUGGAUUCGACGCUGCUGCAGGUGCCCGGAAUGACUGCCGAGGCCAUCGCCAAGCUGGCUCGGCGCGGGAUCAAAGAUAUCGAGACGCUCGCCCGGCUUCCGAACGACGAUAUUGGACAGGCCCUGCGCCAGAGCGGACUCGAUACGGGAAUGUACCAGGAAGCCGUCCGCAUGGUCCACAACCUCCCGCUGCUCAAGAUCACAGCAACAGUGGAGGGCGCGACGCAGUACGAGUCGCGCUGGGUGCUGAAUCGCGACGAAGAGUACGAAAUCCACAUUCGAUUUGACCGCGAGCGACCGUACAAGACCAAUGUCUGGAGCGGACAACAGGAUUACAAGAUCUCGUCGCCGCGGUUUCCCAAGGCUCAGUAUGAGGGCUGGUGGGUCGUGCUCUCCGAAAGCGCGGACGAAAGCGUUGAGGGCCGCGAGCUGCUGGGUAUGCGACGCGUGGCCGCUCCUCAAAGCAGCGACGGCCGCAACCGAGGCAGCUCGCAGUCGCAGAGCAUGAGCACCUCGCUCCAGUUCACAUCCCCAACGGAGCCUGGGGACUUUGAAUAUCGGCUGGACGUCGUGAGCGAUGGCUACCGCGGCCUGGACCGCAGCACCGUGAUCAAGUUCACAGUCGCUGCGCGUCUCGGCGAAUGAAUGCGAGGCUAAUGCGGCCUGCUAGGAAUAUAGACGCUCGAGCAGCCUUUGCCACGGA